UUUCUGCUGGAAAUGCUGCCGUUGUAAAAACUAAUGGUAGGUAAAUUUUUGCGACAUAUUUGGCCCAUGUCUCAAGAUUAAGUAUCCAAAUUAUACUGUUGUUAUUGGAACAUAAUAAAGUUUCUCGUACCAAAAGAUGGCACUAGCAGUCUGUCGUUUAUAAAGGAAAAUAUAAGCUCUCCACUUAAACUUGGGUGGUUGUUCUUCUCCUAUCCGUGUGGAGGCGCUGUAGUGUGUUUGAACGGGCAGUUUCUCAUCUCGCGCAGGAACUGACGCAUCCUUCACAACAAUCGCCGGUUGUCUGUUGUUUGUGUGUUGACGCUUUUGUUGCCCUUCAGACCGUCAAUUUUUUUUAUUCAUAAAGAUUUUUAAACAUUUAAACACUCGUUUUAAUAUCGUCUCACAACAUUUUAUAAUAAAAUUAUCUCGAACGCACCAUAUCAGUUUUCUUUUGUAACGUGACAUGCAUCUGUAAAGGGAUUGUCGAGCUUAAAACAUCUACAGCGGCUCCAUGGAACCCAGUAAUGAUGUGGCGCUUGAUAUCAUUGUUUCCAAUGUCGUAUCUGUCUUCAGAACCAGGUGCCAUCUAAACCUGCGUACCAUUGGACUAGAGGGGUCUAAUGUCAUCUACAAGCCUGAAGAGGGAAAAGUCCUGAUGAAGCUGCGGAAACCGCGUAUCACUGCCUCUAUAUGGUCAUCAGGGAAAAUUAUUUGCACUGGAGCAACAAGUGAGGAGGAAGCCAAACUAGGUGCACGACGGUUGGCCCGCUGCCUGCAGAAGAUUGGGUUCAAGGUGAGGUUCUCGGACUUUAAGGUUGUCAAUGUGUUGGCAGUGUGCUCCUUGCCUUUUCAAAUUCGCCUCAUUGAGUUCACUAAGAAUAACCGCCCUAUUGCCAGCUAUGAACCCGAGCUCCAUCCUGCUGCAUCAUACAGGAUUAAAAACCUCAGGAGUACAGUGCAGGUGUUUUCCACAGGCAGUAUCACUGUUACAGGACCAAAUGUGCAAAGUGUGGCGUCUGCAGUGGAGCAGAUUUAUCCUCUGCUGUUUGAGUGUCAGAAAACACGAUCAUAAAACACACACGCACACGCAGCUUUUGCCAUUUCACGUCCAAGCGGGUCUGGGUCGUGUGUUUUCAGAGUCAUGCCUUUGAAUGCUGACUUUGGUGUUCGGACCCCACAGCGAUUUAUGACGACCUCUUAAAGCUCAGAAGAGGACCAUUAGUGCAUUGACAUUGUGUUGCUGACAUUGUGUAGUUUAUGAACACUUGAAUUAACUGUAUUAUAUAAUGCAUGGAACACCAAAGUAAAAACUGGCAAGUAGUGACAUUUAAGGAUCACAUUUUACUUAAAGUUCUUGGAAAUUUGAUUCUAGUGAUGUCUUUGCAACUCAUUUAAUAAGUCAGAAUUAAGAAGUUAAAGGGCAAACACUUCAUAUUUAAACAGCAGGUGAUGUAUAUCUGGUGUAUACUGUGGACAAGAACACUCUGGGUUGUGAAGGAGUCUUUGGUCCAUAUGUUUGUAAUAUGUGAAUAAUUUUGUAUUUUAUAACGAACAAAAUAAAAUAACCCCUAUAUUAA